AUGAGAAAAAUGUUAUUACUGAAUAUUUGUCAAAGACAUUAAAAUGGAUGAACGAAGUGUUAUUGUUUGAUUACUUCGAUAUGUAUAAUGAAGGUAAAAGUUUAAGACAAUUAAAACUUUCGUACUCGAAAAUACCAAAAAUUAUCUCAAAUGGUGCUGAUUCGUUAAACAAAUUCUAUUUAGUAAUAAGAGAAACUGUAUUUUAUCCUAGAUGUAAAAAUUACAUGAAAGGAAACAGUUCACCGUUAAAUCGGGAACUUAGUUCUCAAGUCUUGGACACGACCAAUAUUUCUGAAAAAGUUAGUAGUUGCCUCAUUAAAUAAGUUAUAUACAAUUUCUCUAAAAAUUAAAAUUAUUUCACCACAUUUUGUCAAUCUACGACUUGAGAAAUAGAUCCCAAUUUUUUUUGUAAACUGUUUCUUCCGUUUAUUAAGUAGUGAAAAAUCAGUGAAUUUUGACUUAGUUUUUCAGUGAAAUUUCAUUUAAUAAAAGUGUAUAAAUAGAAUCAUUGAAUAUCAGUCAGAUUUCACUGAUUUAGUUUUAGAGAGUUGUAAUAGUGACCAUAAUUUAAUAAAUGGUUUGAAAAAUUAAAAGUUGAAAUAACCAUAUGGGCACUGGGACAUAGAUGUCUAUGUCCGUUCGAAAGACAUCCGAAAGACAUCUUAUGUCCUAAGGAUGUCUUUAGGAUGUAAGGUAUCUUUUGGACGGACAUAGAUAUCCACAGAAUGUUCUAAAGACGUCCUAAAGACAUCCCAUGUCCUAGUGCCCACUGGAAAUAAACGAAAAAAAAUUUCAUUAGAAAUAGCGAAAAAUUUCUCUAGAAUAGAGAAAGUAUAAAUUGAAGCAACUAAAAAUAUCCAUAAUAUAAUAAAAUUUGUAGUUUCAGGUAAAAAAUUUUCUCCCUGCAUCCCUUUAUAUUUACAUUAAUAUACAAAGUUUACUGUAGUUGCGAUACGUACUUCUAAGUAACUGUUUAUUGUAAUAAAAUUAACCCGGCGAGUAUGUGGCAGGAAACUGUUACACCGACUAUGUGGUGGGCAUGACAUGCCCAAAAUGUAAAAUUGCUUAUAAAUGUUACAUAUAGCUAUAUUAAGUUAAUUUCUGGUAUUAUAUUAUAAAAAGGCAUGUAAUAAAAUAUAUUUCCUUAAUUAUUUAUUUAUUUAUAAAGAUAAAAUCAACUCUUUGUCAUAAGAUUUAUCAUAUGAUUAAAUAAAACAAUGAAAACUUAAAACUUUUAUAAAAUCAAAUUUGCACUUUUAUAAAGGCAGGACUUUAAAUAUUAGUGAAUGAGGAGCAUAAUACUGCUUUUUAGAAUAUAUCUCAAUUCAGUUGUCAUUAAUUUAGUAGAAAUUAGGAAAAAAAAUUCGCCAAAAAUAUGCAAAAUUGACGUUUACGUCCAAGUAAUUUAAAAUAUAAUUUACAUAACACUAUCACCAUACCAUCAUCUUCUCUUAUGAACCCAUAACUUCAGCUACUCGAAGUUUCAAAACGUUACAGUGGAAAUUUUAGGAUUUAAAAGGAUUUAAGUAAAUGUGGGGCAUGACAUGCCCAACCACAUACUCGCCGGGUUAAUUAAAAAAAUCUAUAUGUUCGAUAACUACCAUCACGAUUGUUGAUUUCAUUUAUUUAUUAUUUGCAUUCUUUGCACAUGAGAUAAGCUUUGGAGUUUCAAAAUAAAAAUGUCAUAAAAUCAAAAGUUAUUGAAAAGUUUAUAACUUUUCAUGACAAGCAUGCUAGCUAGCAUACAUAUACAAGCUAGCAUAUAUUUUAUAUUCGAAAAAUAUAUUAAUACAUGUGUAGAAAAACAUAUUUUUUAAUAUUUCUUUAGAUAGUUGUAACCAGUGGUAAUUCUUAAUACGAACUAAAAAUAAUUGUAAUUAUGACUAUUCUUAGUUGCAAAUAUUGAUAGUUCAAAAUAUGGUGAGUUAAAAAAAGGUAGUCUUAACUAUUGUUAGUUGCAAUCAAUGAUAAUUAUUAAUAAUAAGAAUUAUUACACUUUUCCACUGCAAUAAUAAUUAUAAGAAAGUUAUUAAUAAGAUCUAUGCCGCAAUUACAUACAUAACAAUUUUUACCAAAAUUCGUUGAAACCUCUUUCAAGUUAUAUUUUUACAAUAAAAUGAAUCCACAUACACACACAAAUUUGUGAGCGAUUAAAAUUUAUAUUUUUCGUACACGCGAUUUUGUUUUAUGAACAAUAGAAAAAUAAUGUCAUAAGAGACAAGUUGUUAAACAAUUGUUUAAUCUUUAUUAUUUUGCAAUUCGGUAUUGCGUUUUUUUAUUUCAAAAGUACAUCACUACUUGUGUCGAAGCAAAUAUUUACACAUCAACCAAACAUGGACUACCGUACUAAAUUUUUGUCUGCAUUCGGCUUAAUUUUGCUACUGCUAGUUGGGAAGAUUUCAAUCUUGACACAGAAUGAUUAAGAUUUCAGAAACAAAAACCAAAAUUCACAAACGGCGAGUAUAUAAGGAACACAAUUAUUUCUACCGAAUUGUUAAAGUAUGUUGACAAAACGUAAGUUUUUCGUAAUUUCUUUUGUUUUUUAUCACCUAAUUUUGUUUUUAGUGUUCAAAGAUGGUUCGAAAUUGUGAAAGAGUGUUGGAACCGACAAAUCGCAAAAACGACCAGGGAUUUCAUCAUCGCUCUCAACUGAUGAUACCAGCAACGUUUAAAACACACAUUCGCUCUUUUAGUUUUGUUUUUACAUUUGUUUUAUAUUCUGUGUUUACUUUCGAGCAAUAAAAAAUAACUUCUUUAACUUUAAAUACGUUUUCCAAUGGUUUUUACCACCUUGUUCCUAAUAGCCCCAUUUUGUAAUUUCGAAGAAAUGCGUCUUUUUGGUCAUUUUCGCUUAAAAUUCCAGCUUUGAUCAAGACAAUUAUUUAACCCUUCAAUGCGCUCGCCAAGAUCAAGAAAAGAAACAAAAAAUUAAAGCAAUAUUUCAAUACAUAAAAAAGUUGUAAGACUUUAAAGUUGAAAUCUGUUCCUAAUAGCCCCAGUUUACGGUACUUCAAAAAUUAAUUAAAUUAAUUAAUUACAUUGUACAACUACAUAUUGAUACCCAUUUUAAUAUUAACAUAUCAGGCAUAUCAGAAAUGAGCGCAAAAUGCACAAAAAGUAUUUCUUCUUGAUGAAAUAGGUGCUAAAAAUUUAGAAAUAUUUUUUAAAAUUGGCAUUUUACAGGUAGACAAAAAGGAAGGAAACCAAUUCAUGUCUGAUAAUGAUAUAUGUACUGUUUACGAUUCUUCCUUUCUAAUUGAUUAUUUGCUAUUUCAAAAAAGUUAUAAACCAUUAAUAGUAAUUAUAGCAGGUGAAUUUAUUGACGGAAUAAACAGAGUUAGAAAUAUAUCUCAGAGUAAAAGAAUAUUAUUCGAUAAUGAAAUUACCAACAAACAUUGGAGUAAGAUGCAUAAUAUGAUAACGGAAAAUUUUUAUCUAUAUGAAGCUCACAAUGUAUACUACUUUGUUUAUCCAGUAAAUAUUCUAGACGAUUUUUUUAUCAUCUACUAUCAAAAAAUCUUAUUAAAAGAUCAGUUGGGUGUUACCUUUGAUUUUAUUAACUUGAAAAAAGAGUAUCCUUUUUAUGAAGAUAUUUUAGUUCCUCUAAAACCAAGUUGCUCCAACUGCCCUCUGGUAGAAUAUGUAAACAAAAAACUAAAGACAGGUGAAAGUUUCUUCGAAUUAUUCAUAUUGCGAGAACAAUUGUUUGGAGAAAAAACAAAGUACACAUCCCUAAAAGCAUUCGACAAUGAUUACGCUUGCGAUUCGAUUGGAUUUAACAUUAAUUCCCAGAGCGAAAGUUUUUUAAUGUAUUUUAACUCAUUACUGCAACAAAUUCAAAACAAAAAUCUUGAUCAAGAUAAAAAGGCAAGUAUUUCUGAAAGAAGCCUAAAGUGUUUCAAGUCAAGAAAUCUGGUUGUUACAAAAGACAUUUUUUACGAUAAUAUUAACGAGCAGAAUAAAAAGCACCCUUUCACUGGAAUUAAUUAUUUAAACUGGAUUAACAAAACUGUAUUUACACUGAAUGAAAAUGAUAGAUCAUUUGGAAAUAUAUGCAAAGAUGAACAUAAAAUAUAUUUAUUUAAAUUAUUUUGUUUUAUAAAAGAUGUAUCAGAUAUUACAUCCUACAACACAUCUGCGUGGACAGAUACCCUGCAACAACUUAUAGCUACAGCAUUGGUCAAAAAACUUAUGUGGUUCAACAGAUUGAUGUCUUUGUAUCAAUAUGAAUAUUUAUUGGAAAUUGAUUUCAUCUUAAUCAAACUUGAAAAUUUGGAAAAAGAAAUUCAAAAUGAAAGUGGGAAUUGGAUGAGUGUAAUGAGUACUGCCUACAACUUGGUUUCAAAUUUAAAGGCAAGUAAUAAAUUAUAAUUAACAAAUAGUCUCCCUGUAUAUAUAAAAAGUAAUUAAAUUCGUACAAAGUAUAGUACAGCAUAUCUUUAGUCGACAUUGAACAGUAAACUUGAUUGUAAAAAUUUUAUAACAAUUUGUGUAACAAUUUUGUAAUUUUAAAUUGAAUUUGGAUACAAUCUAAUGACGUUCGUAAUAAAUUUCCCCACAUUUAAAAAAAUAGUGAAAAUAUGAUUUUCAAUUAAAAAAUUUAAUUGAUUUGAUUAUAAUUAUUAAAAAAGGAAAAGCUGUCUUUUUACAGAAAAAUUACCGGGUUUGUAAUGCUUUCACUAUUCGGUAAAUAUUACCGUAUAUUAAUUCAGUAGGUACAUAUUUUCGGUACUUUUUUAGGUGCAAUGCUUCACAAGCAAAGUUAAAAAAUAAUAUUAAAAAAGUAUUGAAAUUAAUAACAAUUAUUAAUUCUAAAUAUUUGUGUCUACAGAUAGGAAAGAGUGGUAGCAUGUCUACGUUAAGUUCACCCUGUUUAUUUUACAAUUAUUUGGACACAAUUGAUUCUAUACUUCCUGAGUUGGAAUUCAAGAGAUUAGUAAUUAUAGUAACUGAUUGUAUGCUGACAGGGGAAUGGAAACUUGCACCUAUAGCAGGCAAAAGAGUAGUACCAAAAAUAAAAAGAGAAGAUCUUCAUUAUACAAAACAGUUUGUGUAUGAUGAAAUAAUGAAACAUUUUUAUCUGCUACAAUGCAAUGAUACUUAUUAUUAUGUUUAUCCAUUGAUCGCCGAUAGAUAUGACGACGUAUUGAUUACCUAUUUCGAGUACAAAAUGAUUGACGAUUAUUCAAAAGUUGUAUUUUAUUUCGCUAGCUUUUCCAAAUUUUUGUUCCCCAAUAAAUUCGAAACCAUAGGUUAUAAUGAAUUACUCAUUCCUGCUCUACCAGACAACUGUCACUUAUUUACAACGAAUUGUACGAACCGUUUUUUAAGUCCCAUAUAUUUAAUUUAUCUGCAUCAUGAAUUUCAUAAACGCUAUUCAAAAUAUUUGUCAGUAUAUGCCACUUUUUACAAUAGAUUACCAAAAUUUGUUUAUAAUAACCAUUCACAUUAUAAAGAUUACAAUUGGAUUAAAUAUGCACAGAAAUUUUAUGAUUUUUUAAACACACAACAAUUUUCUUACCGUACAUAUUAUUCACUUAAUAAUUUUUCGUGCUCAUAUCUGCAGAAAAUAAAUGAAAGAAUUAACAUUGAUUUCAGCAUAACUGAAAUAGACGAUUUUCAACAUUUUUUCUUUCUCAUAGAAUCUGCUUAUAAAAACAUAACAUCAAUAAAUAUCACAAACAAUGAUAGUUUACAAUAUUUUUGUAUGAAUUCGAAUAUUUUUCAGUUUAUUAAAUUCUUUUGCUUUUUAAAAAUGAAUUAUAUAGAACGUAUCCUGAAACUUACAGAUAUGAAAUCCGAUUAUGUUAAGAAUAUAAAAAAAAUUGCUGAAAAUGAGAAAAAUGUUAUUACUGAAUAUUUGUCAAAGACAUUAAAAUGGAUGAACGAAAUGUUACAGUUUGAUUACCACGAUAUGUAUAAUGAAGGUACAAUUUUAAGACAAUCAAAACUUUCGUACUCGAAAAUACCAAAAAUUAUCUCAAAUGGUUCUGAUUCGUUAGACAAAUUCUAUUUAGUAAUAAGAGAAACUGUAUUUUAUUCUAGAUGUAAAAAUUAUAAGAAUAAUACUGUAAUUAAAAAUAAUUAAUAUACUGUAAUAUGGUGAUAUUUCGUUUUUUUAUAGUAAUCGAAAAAGUUGUUUCGUGAUAUCAGGUUUUAAUAACUGUCCGCUACGUCAGUUUACGAUCCAGAAUAUUUUUAGGUACAAAACGACAAUAAAAAAUGAUAAGAAAUUUUA